GUUGUACCUACUGUCUGCACAGAUGUCUGUGGACAUACCAUCCAUUCGAAUCAGUUCUCUGUAACUGAACAUUUUAGGGGUGCUGACAUAGGCCACCUUCAGUCGCUUCCUGGUGUUUUCUUUUUUUAUGACCUUAGACCAAUCAAGGUGGGUUUUGUUGUCAAAAGCAAUGACCUUUCACCAAUCAAGCAACAAGCACAACACCCAAGGUGCGAUGCCCCCAGGCACGGCAACCAAGGUGUGAUGUCCCUAGGCGCGACGCCCUCAAGCAUAAUACUGCAUCAAGGUGAAAUACAUCUCUAUCGCAUUGGAAGUGGCAAAAUAAACCUUUCACCAAUGUUGGACAGAAGUGGAAUCGUAGAAGUGUGGGGGCAACCUCGGCGAGACUCGUCCCCCCCGUUGCGAGAAUGGUAUCCUCAACCUAUUGGAUGUCGUUGCUCAACUAGUCCACUGAACUAA